AUGGAAAUUCCUUAUGGACUCUAUGGACGACUUGCUCCCAGAUCCGGACUAGCUCUAAUCCAUGGAAUAGAUGUUGGAGCAGGAGUCGUUGACCCCGACUACAGAGGGGAAGUUAAAGUACUCCUUUUUAAUCAUAAUCAGGAGGAAUUCAUAGUCCGUGCUGGAGACAGAAUCGCUCAGAUCAUUUUUGAGAAGGUUUCCUUACCAAGAAUGGUGGAAAAGGAUGCCCGCAAUUUAUGUGACAUUCGAAGAAGUACUGAAGGAUUUGGAAGUACGGGGAAAGCAGCUUUAGAGUACAGACAGGAGGAUUCAGACUCUGACUCUACGCUCAAUAUAAUUGCUAUGAUGGAAGAAGCAGAUACGGAGUACCCUCAGAUAAAGAAGUUGGAAGCGUUAAUUGCAAAACGACAUCAGCUGGGACUGAUUCAGAGUCUACGACGCAAGUUGUUGCUCCUGUGUCCAGGAUUGCGUGUAGAGAGAUCUUCUGAAGACCAGGAAUUUCAAGUUCCACCGUGA